GGUGGCGGCCGGUGGGGCAGCCGCAGCUCAGGCUCCGGGGCGGGAGCUCCAGCUCCACGUCUCCGCUCCCUGUGCGCCCCGAUGCCUGCCACACUCGUGCCCCUGUCAGGGCCACAGCCUGACCAGCCUCCGGUCCCGGACUGGCUGGGACUUGGGAGCUGAGCCGUCCGGCCGCUGUGCCCAUGCAGUGCCGGCUGCUCCAGGGCUUGGCCGGAGCCCUCCUCACCCUCCUGUGCAUGGGGCUUCUGUCCCUCCGGUACCAGUCACGCCCGCCCCCCCAGGGAGUGCAGCAGCCCCCCAGGCUGAGCCGGCCCAGCCCCGCRCCCCGCGAGCUGCGGCUGCACGACAUCUUCGUCGCCGUCAAGACCACCCGGGCCUUCCACCGCUCGCGCCUGGACCUGCUGCUCGACACGUGGGUCUCCAGGAUCAGSCAACAGACAUUCAUCUUCACUGACAGCCCGGACGAAGGCCUCCAGGAGAGACUGGCCCAGGAGGGGAGAGGGCUUCCCUCUUGGAAACAUGUGCAGGUGUGGGGAGGGGCUGCUGGACUAGGCCCUGGACACUUGAUCCAAUCCAGCCUACUGUCCUGGCCAGGGCCCCACCUUGUGGUCACCAACUGCUCCGCUGAGCACAGCCACCCUGCGCUGUCCUGCAAGAUGGCUGCSGAGUUCGACGCCUUCUUGGCCAGCGGGCUCAGGUGGUUCUGUCACGUGGAUGAUGACAACUACGUGAACCCAUGGGCGCUGCUGCGGCUGCUGAGGGCCUUCCCYGCGGCCCUCGAUGUCUACGUGGGCAGGCCCAGCCUGAACCGGCCCAUCCACGCCUCGGAACCCCAACCGCGCAAUCGCACGAGACUGGUGCAGUUCUGGUUCGCCACAGGGGGUGCCGGCUUCUGCAUCAACCGCAAGCUGGCUUUGAGGAUGGCCCCGUGGGCGAGCGGCUCCCACUUCGUGGACACCUCUGCCCUCAUCCGGCUGCCUGACGACUGCACCGUGGGCUACAUCGUGGAGUGCAAGCUGGGGGGCCGCCUGCGGCCCAGCCCCCUCUUCCACUCGCACCUGGAGACCCUGCAGCUACUAGGGGCCGCCCAACUCCUGGAGCAGGUCACCCUCAGCUAUGGUGUCUUUGAGGGGAAGCUCAAUGUCAUUAAGCUACCUGGCCCCUUCUCCCCUGAAGAGGACCCCUCCAGGUUCCGCUCCCUGCACUGCCUCCUGUACCCGGACACGCCCUGGUGCCCCCAGCUGGUGGUGCGGUGAGCCUGAGCUGCUGGGCGGAGGCCGGCGGAGGCUUCGGGCGGCUCCUGUGCCCACGCAGCGCUGGCGAGGGCCCUGGAGGGCAGCUCCUGGCGCGGCCUCCGGGCGACCAAGGUGCAGGCCUGUGGGUAGCUGGAGGCACCCGGCUSGAGAGGAGGCUGGACAGCCUGGGGAGCAGGAGGACCAGGUGAGGGCCGGACAGGCCCAGGCUGGAGCCCGCGGCCUGGGGGAGCCGACUGAGCAGGCAGGCACCUGGGCCCGGCUGGGGAUCGGGUGCCAUCCCUUAGACAGUGCCUGGGCCCCUGGGGGAGGCUGGCUCCGGCCCUGGCUCUGUCCCCCUCAUUCCCCUGGGGCUGAAGCACUGGGCCGUCUGCUCCUAAGACCCCUGGCCGGAUCCUGUGUCCCUGAGGGGACCUGAAAGAGUCAUGGCCAAACCCAGGGUCUGUGACGGAUGAUGACGCUGCGGAGUCUCUGAGCUCCYGGCCCCCACCCCUUGCUAAUGGGCUCAGGUUUGGAGCCCCAGCAGGCCCAGGUGAUGGCUCCGCGUGGUCCCAGCCAAUCAAGACGACCCUUUGGCUCACUUUCCAGUCUCCGUUGCUGGGAGAYGUUACCCUGUGACCCAGGUUUGGCCAGUAGAGAGGUUUCUGGGUGAGGUUUUUCAGCCCUGUACCUCAUCUUCCUGUGUGAAUGUGGGUAUGAUGGCUGGAUCUGAGGAGCUACUUUGCCACCAWGAAGGGAAGCCCAAGACCGUCACCGCAGCUGUCUCCUCCAGCGUUUGGUUCUGUACGAAA